AAAAGGUACGGUUUUAAAAUCGGUUACAGGGCAUACAGCUGCCAGUCUUCACAGCAACACGUUUCACAAAUGUCUAAGCUUUCUCUCUCCUUCUUCUCUCCUCCAUUGACGACGCCGUCUCCUUCCACUACGCGGCGGAGCUGCUUCCGUCCUUCAUUCAGAGCCGGCGGCGCGUGCGUUUCACUCUCAUCGGUCACCAUUUCGUGUUCGAAGGAGCCGCAAGUUGUUGUCACCAGAGAACGCGGCAAGAACAACAAGCUCAUCAAUGCUCUGGCCAGACAUGGGAUUGAUUGUCUUGAGCUUCCUCUCAUUCAGCACAUGCACUUACCUGAUCUAGACAGGCUCACUUCUAUUUUAAGUGCAGAGACAUCGUAUGACUGGAUUAUCAUUACUUCACCAGAGGCGGGAAAGGUUUUUCUUGAUGCUUGGAAAGCUGCUGGGACCCCAUCUGUCAGAGUAGGGGUCGUUGGAUCUGGUACAGCUAGCAUAUUUGAUGAAAUUGUUCACUCUUCAAAGCAGUAUCUUGAUGUGGCAUUUGCACCGUCGAAAGCAACUGGCAAGGUUUUAGCUUUAGAGCUUCCAAAGAAUGGGAACGACAAGUGCACUGUUCUCUAUCCUGCUUCAGCAAAAGCCAGCACUGACAUUGAGGAAGGACUUUCUGAGCGGGGAUUUGAGGUUACUCGGCUGAACACAUACACAACGGCACCAGUCAGUCACGUUGAUCAAUAUCUUCUUGAACUAGCACUCUCUGCUCCUGUUGUUACUGUAGCAUCUCCUUCUGCCCUCGGGGUAUGGGCUAAUCUUAUUCCAGCAUCGAGGCAGUGGGACAAUGCUGUUGCAUGUAUUGGGGAGACAACAGCUUCAGCAGCGAAAAGACUUGGGUUUAGAAAUAUAUACUAUCCAACAAGUCCUGGUCUUGAAGGGUGGGUAAGCAGCGUUCUGGAAGCAUUAGAAGUCCACGAGCAAGUCCAAAAGGUCUAGAUUCGUGCAGUGUGGCUUCUAGUAUUUUCUGACAUUGCUGUAUCUUCACACGCUGGGCAGAGCUCUGGUUCCACUCCCUGGUCAUCAUUGCCAUGACAAAGCUGAUUAAAAGCUUUUUAUACUUGCAGCUGCAACUUUGUGCAGUAUUUUGAUAUCCUUGUGGCAUUUCGGGCAUAGAAGCGUAGAAGGAAGUGGAGGAUCUAACUAACACAUCAUAUGAGGAGACGUAAAGUAUUUGUUGUGUGGAGGUAUUUCCCACUUGUCUAGCCAACUUUUCUUGUGAGGUAAGGCUGUCUUCUUUGAAUAGGAUUUUCCCAAUGUAAUUGUUCCAUAUGUAGAUAUCCGUAGGAGAUAUCCCCCUUAUUUUCUCUUUAUUUUUUCUGUAAUAUUUUUAUGGCUUGAAGCCAGAUGUCUUCAUACUCCCAACACAAAUUUCCCCAAAAGAGAAACAUCAAGCCUUGAGUUAAAUGUAUUUUAUAUAAAAGUAUUAGCCAUUCCUUGUA